CGGCGCGCCGCGCGCCGCGGGGCCGUUCGGAGGCGCACUCUCCGGAAGCGGAUGCGAGCUGUGGCCGACUGAGGGGAAGAGUGGUCUCCUAAUUCCGAGUUUUCCGGCGGGCUGCGGCGGGGCCGCGAUGGAGCAUGUAACGGAAGGUGCCUGGGAGACGCUGCCGGUGCCGCUGCACCCUCGGGUGCUGGCGGCUCUGCGCGAGCUCGGCUUCCCCCACAUGACGCCGGUGCAGUCUGCAACCAUCCCUCUCUUUAUGAAAAACAAAGAUGUAGCUGCAGAAGCUGUCACAGGUAGCGGUAAAACACUGGCCUUUGUCAUUCCUAUCCUGCAAAUUCUGCUGAGGAGGGAUGAGAAGUUAAAAAAAAUGCAGGUCGGAGCCAUCAUCAUCACACCCACGAGAGAGCUUGCCAUCCAGAUCAAUGAAGUGCUGCUACAUUUUUCUAAGCACUUCCCACAAUUUAGCCAGAUUCUUUUAAUUGGGGGUAGGAACCCAGGAGAAGACGUUGAGAGGUUCAAAGAACAAGGUGGAAACAUCAUAGUUGCCACUCCAGGCCGCUUGGAGGACAUGUUCAGGAGAAAGGCUGAAGGGUUGGAUUUGGCGAAUUGUGUGAAGUCCCUUGACAUCCUGGUGUUGGAUGAAGCAGACCGCCUUCUGGACAUGGGCUUUGAAGCAAGUAUAAAUACCAUUCUGGAAUUUUUGCCAAAGCAGAGGAGAACAGGCCUCUUCUCCGCCACUCAGACUCAAGAGGUUGAGAACCUGGUGAGGGCAGGGCUUCGGAAUCCCGUCCGCAUUUCCGUGAAAGAGAAAGGGGUGGCAGCUUCGAGCACCCAGAAGACUCCCAGCCGCCUGCAGAACUACUACAUGGUAUGCAGAGCAGAUGAGAAAUUUAAUCAACUUGUGCAUUUUCUCCGAAAUCAUAAGCAGGAAAAACACCUGGUGUUCUUCAGUACUUGUGCCUGUGUGGAAUAUUAUGGGAAGGCUUUGGAGGCCCUGGUUAAAAAUGUAAAAAUAAUGUGCAUUCAUGGGAAGAUGAAACAUAGACGCAGUAAGAUAUUCAUGGAGUUUCGCAAACUGCAAAGCGGUAUUUUAGUGUGCACUGAUGUGAUGGCCCGGGGAAUAGACAUUCCUGAAGUAAAUUGGGUUUUGCAGUAUGACCCACCUAGCAAUGCAAGCGCCUUCGUGCAUCGCUGUGGGCGCACAGCACGGAUCGGCCACGCUGGCAGCGCGCUCGUAUUCUUGCUUCCCAUGGAAGAGUCCUACGUCAACUUCCUCUCCAUCAACCAAAAAUGUCCCCUGCAGGAGAUGAAGCCACAGAAAAACCCAGCUGACCUUCUCCCCCAGCUCAAAUCAAUGGCUCUGGCGGACCGAGCAAUGUUUGAAAAGGGCAUGAAAGCGUUUGUAUCUUGUGUCCAGGCCUAUGCAAAGCACGAAUGCAAUCUCAUCUUCCGGUUAAAAGAUCUUGAUUUUGCUAGUCUUGCCCGAGGUUUUGCCCUCCUGCGGAUGCCCAAGAUGCCAGAGCUAAGGGGAAAACAGUUUCCGGAUUUCAUGCCUGUUACUAUUGAUACAGACACUAUUGCAUUUAAAGAUAAAAACAGAGAGAAACAGAGACAAAAAUUUCUAGAGCAACAGAGAGAAGAGAAAAAAGAGAAUGAAGGGAAAAAGAAAUUUAUCAAGAACAAAGCCUGGUCAAAGCAGAAAGCCAAGAAGGAAAAGAAGAAAAAAAUGAUUGAAAAGAGGAAAAGAGAAGAGGAGUUUGAUAUUGAAGAUGAAGACAUGCAAGAGCUGCUCAAUGAUACAAGACUCUUGAAAAAGUUAAAAAAGGGCAAAAUGAGUGAAGAAGAGUUUGAGAAGAGGUUGUUGGCACGUGGCAAAGGCGAGGCCGAGCUGGCGGAUUUGGGCUCCUCAGAUCUAGAUGGGGAUGACAGCUGACUCCUGGUGGGCCAUGUGGCAGCUGCAGCAUCAGUGGAGGGCACCCUUUAAUGAGUUCAGUGACCCGUACUGGGGGAGGGGGUGGUGGAAGGGAAUGGGACCGACUGUUCUGUUCCUGCCUCAGGUGGAAAUCUGGGCAGACAUCCUUGCUCAGAAGCUGCGCUGUCUGCCUGGAAGCGGCUGGCUAUGAAUCACAUCCCAGGGAUCUCGUUUCUGCCUCCACCUUCUCAGCAUGACUGAGGGACGCAAAAACAUUUUUGCAUAUACAUAAGUGUUGAUAUUUAUUUUGAACCAUUUUCCUACCGCUUUCUUGGAGCUAGUUUAAGAAAUAAAGGUAAUGAAACACUCGA